GUUCGAGAGAGAGAAAGGGCACCAGCAUGCAUACGCUCACUGUUCUCAGCUGUGGUUGCAGGAUGGACAGUUCUCUGAAGUUUCUGUUGCUGUGACUUCUCUGCCCUGAUUACCUGUGACCUGGAAUAACCUGAGAUAGCCCCCUUUGCCGAGCAUGGUGGCGCACACCUUUAAUCCCAGCACUCAGGAGACAGGGGCAGGUGGAUUUCUGAGUUCCAGGCCAGUCUGGUCUCUGGAGCGAGUUCCAGGACAGCCAGGGCUACACAGAGAGAUCCCGUCUCAAGCAGAAACAAAAAGUGACAAUGACAACGAUAACAUCAAAACAAUAAAUAAAAACAGUAAGUGCUUCUCCCCUCGGCUGCUUUUGACAGGGCAUUCCUACCAGAGCAUCAGGAAAGGAAACGAACGGGACAAGUCCUCCGAGUUCCUGCCUCCAGCCAGGAUAUUAGACCGGAGACACUGUGGGUUGAGGACACUCUGAACUGCCUGUUGUGGUGCCGUUCUCCACCUCAGACGGUUGCCCCUCUCCCUCCUUUUGGCUGGCCUCUCUCCAACCAAUAUAAGCCCAGGCUAGAGGCUGGAGAGAAGUCAUGCCUUUCAUGUCAGGCCUUGCAGCCAGCUGGUCCCUGAAGCCCCUGGGACCCCAUGGUGUCACCCAAGCCUUAUGUGCUGUUCUCUUAGCAGUGCUGGUCACGAUGAACGUGGUUCUGGGUAAGUGGCUCCAGGGCAGUGGUUCUCCACCCCAGUCACCUCCACUAAACCAGUACCUGCAUUGCUACCGAUGUCUCCUGGAGACAGAAGAGUUGGGCUGCCUUCUGGGGUCUGACACUUGCCUCACACCUCUGGGCAGCACCUGCGUCACCCUGCACAUAAAGAACAGCAGCGGUUUUAAUGUCAUGGUGAGCGACUGCCGCAACAAGGAGCAGAUGGUGGAUUGCUCCUAUACUCGGGCUUCCCCUGUGUUCGGCUUUUGGAUAUUCUAUCAGUGCUGCUUCCUGGACUUCUGCAACAACCCGAAGAACAGAAAGAACACUAUGCACUAGGACAGCAGGAACCAGCCGCGUCCGUCCAGCCGCCCUCCGGAUUUCCAUCUGAGCCCUUCCGGGGACGACUCCAAAACCCUCACAGUAGCCCUCCCUGACUCUCGUAUCCUCGGCCUCACGCUGGCCUCCCCUCUCUGUCCCUACCCACAAUGCUCUCCUACCUUCAUUUUGUCCAGCCCCCUCUUUUGUCCAAAGUACCCAGGCGUUCCCCCAAAAUAAAACAGUAUGCAAAGUGGUUUUUUUUUUUUGUCUCCUCUGAUGGAGGUGAAGCUACCCAAUCAUGGGGCUCCUCUACUGACCCAGCCCUGGACGUAUACAAUUGAAGAGGGACUGGAAG